AUGAGAGGAAUGCCCUUUGCGGGAGAGGGUCACGCGGGGAGACUGCAGCAGCAGCCCAAGCUCAGCGCCGGCUUCUGGGCGGAGCCCACGUCCGUGCUCGACCGCCGCCACAGCCCCAGCCCCAGCCCGCCCUCCGAGGCCUCCGCGCUGUCGUCGUCCGAGGUGGCGAGCCUCGCGCCCGGCGGCGACGCCAAGAACGUAUCCCCGCCGCCGCAGCAGCAUCAGGCAUGGCCGCCCGGGGAGGAUGCUGCCACGGGGGUCAAGGAGGAGUGGGCGCACCAGCUGGCGCCGCUCGACAUGGCCAUGGGCCUCGGCGCCGGCGAGGGCUGGGACGGCACGGCGCCGCCCGGGCUCGCCGGCCCUGACAGCACCUUCCUCCGCUGGAUCAUUGGCGGCGGGGAGGACGCGUCCGCCGGGAUGGCCGGCGUCAUGGAUCCGCCCGCUCUGGAGCUCGACCACGCCACGUCUAUGAUGUCGCCGCCCACGGCGUCGCUCGGGCCCAGCCUGUCGCCGUUCGCGCCGGCCAUGGAGGAGGACGCCAAGGGGGCCCCGUUCGGCCACGCGCCCAGCUACCUGCUCCACCAGCACCAGCACCACCCCCAGCCACACGCGGCCUUCUUUGGCGCGCACCCGUCCUUCGAGUCGGCGCCGCCGCCGCCCAAGCGCCACCACCCGAUGGCAGGCGCGCCGGCGCCGAAGCUGCCUGCUUUCCAGGGGCAUCUCGCUCCGGCGGGCGGGUUCUUCCCCGCCCUCAAGCCCAAGGCGGGGACGGCGAACGACGAGGCGGCCGCCACGGUGGACCAGCUCGCCGAGGCUGCCAAGUUUGCCGAGGCGGGCGACGCCUUCGGCGCACGCGAGAUAUUGGCGCGGCUCAAUUAUCGGCUCCCCGCCGCCCCCGCGGCCGGGACGCCACUCCUCCGCUCUGCCUUCUACUUCAAGGAGGCUUUGCGCCUCGCGCUCUCCCCCAACGGAGAGACGCCCGCGCCGCCGGCGUCCACGCCCUACGACGUGGUCCUCAAGCUCGGCGCGUACAAGGCCUUCUCCGAGGUCUCCCCGGUGCUCCAGUUCGCGCACCUCACCUGCGUCCAGGCGGUGCUCGACGGGCUCCGCGGCGCAGGCUGCAUCCACGUGCUCGACUUCGACAUCGGCAUGGGCGAGCAGUGGGCGUCGCUGGUGCAGGAGCUCGCGCAGCGCCGCCCGGCGACGGCGCUCAAGGUCACCGCAUUGGUCUCGCCGGCGUCGCACCACCCGCUCGAGCUGCAGCUCAUCCACGAGAACCUCUCAAGCUUCGCCGCCGAGCUCGGCGUGUUCUUCCAGUUCACCGUAUUCAACAUCGACACUCUUGACCCCGCGGACCUGGUGGCCAUCGCCGGCGGGGACGCGCUCGCCGUCCACCUGCCCGUCGGCGCAGCACACGCGGCCGCAAUGCCCGCCGUCCUCCGCCUCGUGAAGAGCCUCGGCGCCAAGGUGGUCGUGUCCGUGGACCGCGGGCGCGACCGCACGGAGCUGCCCUUCGCCGCGCACCUGUUCCAGGCGUUCCAGUCCACCGUCUUCCUCCUCGAGUCCGUGGACGCCGUGGGCACCGACCCCGACACGGCCGGCAAGAUCGAGCGGUUCCUGGUCCAGCCGGCCGUGGAGCAAUGCGUGGUCGGGCGCCACCGCGCGUCCAUCGAGAAGGCGCCGCUGCCGUGGCGGGCCGUGUUCGCGUCGGCCGGGUUCACGCCGGUGCAGGCCAGCACGUUCGCGGAGUCGCAGGCCGAGUCGCUGCUGCACAAGGUGCCCGUCCGGGGGUUCCGCGUCGAGAAGCGCGCCCCGGGAUCGCUCUGCCUCUACUGGCAGCGCGCCGAGCUCGUGUCGGUCUCGGCGUGGCGGUGCUGA